AUCUGUGAAUGCUUGUGAGAAGACCUCAUUUAUGUUUCUGCGGCAAGAGUUGCCUGUUAGAUUGGCAAAUAUCAUGAAAGAAAUAAGUCUUCUUCCAGAUAAUCUUCUCAGGACGCCAUCAGUUCAGUUGGUACAAAGCUGGUAUAUCCAGAGUCUUCAGGAGCUUCUUGAAUUUAAGGACAAAAGCGCUGAAGAUGCUAAAACUGUUUAUGACUUUACAGAUACUGUGAUACGGAUCAGGAACCGACACAAUGACGUGAUUCCCACCAUGGCCCAAGGUGUGAUUGAAUACAAGGAGAACUUCGGGGUGGAUCCCGUCACCAGCCAGAAUGUUCAGUACUUUUUGGAUCGUUUCUACAUGAGUCGCAUUUCAAUUAGAAUGUUACUCAAUCAGCACUCUUUAUUAUUUGGUGGAAAAGGGAAAGGAAGCCUGUCUCAUCGAAAGCACAUUGGAAGCAUAAAUCCGAACUGCAACGUGGUUGAAGUUAUUAAAGAUGGCUAUGAAAAUGCUAGGCGUCUGUGUGAUUUGUAUUAUAUUAACUCUCCCGAACUAGAACUUGAAGAACUAAAUGCAAAAUCACCAGGACAGCCAAUACAAGUGGUUUAUGUACCAUCCCAUCUCUAUCACAUGAUGUUUGAACUUUUCAAGAAUGCAAUGAGAGCGACAAUGGAGCACCACGCUGACAAAGGUGUUUACCCACCUAUUCAAGUCCACGUCACACUGGGUAAUGAGGAUUUGACUGUGAAGAUGAGCGACCGCGGAGGUGGUGUUCCUCUGAGGAAAAUUGACAGGCUCUUCAACUACAUGUACUCAACUGCACCCCGACCUCGCGUGGAGACAUCCCGAGCAGUGCCUCUGGCUGGUUUUGGGUAUGGAUUGCCCAUAUCCCGCCUUUACGCACAGUACUUCCAAGGGGACCUAAAGCUGUAUUCCCUAGAGGGUUAUGGGACAGACGCAGUUAUCUACAUUAAGGCUCUGUCAACAGAAUCAAUAGAAAGGCUCCCCGUGUACAACAGAGCUGCCUGGAAGCAUUACAACGCCAGCCAUGAGGCCGAUGACUGGUGUGUCCCCAGCAGAGAACCAAGAGACAUGACAACAUUCCGUAGUGCCUAGAUACGUUUGGGACACCUGAGAAAUCCAGAUGUGGCUUUUGUAUUAAAUUUGGAAGGGAUGGUGUUCAGAACUACAUUAUUACCAAAUACUUCCUGUGUUGAUUUCACAGUUAACUAUUUGGGUAGAGUAAGUGGAAAGUGAAUUCCAUUUAUGCCUGUUAAAUCUCCUAAAGGAUGAAAUUGUACCUAUUUUACACUUAUAUUUUCACAGUUAAUUGAACAUAUUUUUAAACAACUGUAGUUUUGGUCAACUUUCUCUUUAUGGUAGACUUCAGAAAUAUGAAAGUCUUUGGGUUUCUACAGGAA